CAGCUGAGAGAAUGACCCUAAUCUCUGCUUUGGAGACGGAGCACAUUUUCUUCUUUCCCUGGUCCCAAACUGGAUUGAUUUGAGGACGUCAAUGAUGAAGCUGACCUGCAUGUUCUCCUUCAUCCUGCUGUUUGGAGCAGCUGGGCUGGUUGUCUUCAUCCACCUGCAGGAUCCAGAAGAAAUUGUUCAUCAGCAAACACCAGGUCUGAGAUAUAACAUGGGAUCACAGCAACCCAAAAAAGACUGCACAUCCAACAACAGCCAGGACGGAAAAAUGCCUCCGUAUGCUGCUGACAAAUUCCCAAUUGCGAACCAGAGGGCUUCGCUAGACCCCGUGCCCAAUGGAGCUGCCCUGGAAGAAGGCGCAAGCAGAAAGCAGAACAUCCUGGUGGUAAUUAAAGACCAUUCCCCAAAAAGCGCAGGAGUUAAUUCUGCCCGGACUCAUAAACGGAGGAGGAGGUUUGUUAUCAAAAAGAGCCCCAUCCUGAUAGCCGUGAACAGCUCCUUCCACAACCUGCCCAUUUUGAAAUCAGAGGACAGGAAUGACGUCAAGUGGGAAAGCCUCUACAAGACCCAAAGGGAGCGGAAGCAGAUCAUGAGAGAGACUUGCUCGAAAUACAAGAGCAACAACAAAAGGAUAAUCACACCUUAUCACGUCUCCAGGAUCUUCGUUGAAGAUAAGUACCGAAUUUUAUACUGCGAAGUUCCCAAGGCCGGUUGCUCGAACUGGAAAAGGGUACUUAUGGUCCUUAAUGGACUGGCCUCCUCGACCAAGGUCAUACAACACAACACGGUGCAUUAUGGGAAUUAUCUGAAAAGGUUGGAUGGGUUUGAUCGCAAAGGGAUCAACCACAGGCUGAACACUUACACGAAGAUGCUCUUUGUUCGCGAACCUUUUGAAAAAUUGGUCUCGGCGUUUCGAGACAAGUUUGAGCAUCCCAACAAUUACUACCACCCGGUUUUUGGCAGACCCAUCAUUUCAAGGUACCGCGUCAAUGCCACGAAGGAGGCACUGAGGACAGGUUCUGGGGUAACCUUCAAAGAGUUCAUUCAAUAUCUUCUUGAUGUCCACCGGCCUGUGGGCAUGGAUAUUCACUGGGACCAUGUCAACAGGCUCUGUAGCCCGUGCUUGAUAGACUAUGAUUUUAUUGGUAAAUUUGAAACCAUGGAGGAAGAUGCUAACUUCUUUUUGCAUUUAAUAAAUGCUCCACAAAAUUUGACUUUCCCUAGGUUUAAAGACAGGCAUUCUGAUGAAGAGAGAACAACCACCCAGAUUACACAGCAAUAUUUCAAACAGCUCUCCCCUUCUCAAAGGCAACGUAGCUACGAUUUCUAUUACAUGGAUUAUCUGAUGUUUAACUACUCAAAGCCUUUUGAAGAUCUGUAUUGACAGUGGAAGAGGCACUGGGAGCUACUGUUGUGGUUCCUUAUAUGCAAGUCUGUGUAAAAU